GCAAGAUCGCCACUCAGUUCCGUGCAAUCGUUGCGACGGUGAAUAUACAGGGGUUAAAGGGCAAGCAUAAGUACAUUGAAGAGCAGCUUGAUGGCCGUCAAGCCAAUGUGGUAUGCAUGCAAGAGACUAAGUCAGAAGCAGGCAUGAUUCAGUCCAAUGUGUACCUUCGACUCCAUGCUGCCGCGGCCUCACAUUGGGGUACGGCGAUCUGGAUACACAGGAAACUAGGGAUAGUGCAGCUUGAAACAGGGCCAAUGCAAAUAGACGAGGGCGACAUCUCAGUUAUUCAUGAAGACCCGCGCCUCCUCAUUCUACAGGUGACGACAGGUCACUUGCGCAUUGGCCUGGUCAGCGGACACUGCCCACACACCGGCAGAGGUCCAGAGCGAAAGGACUUCCUGCGGACAUUCGGUGCUGGGCUCCAGAGACUAAAGCAUAUGGAUCUAGUCUUGGGCGGCUUGGAUCUAAAUGGCAGAAUCCCGGUUGAGUUCAGCGGGGUCUCAGGAGGGCUAGAGUUCGGGGAGGCUGAUGACACGGGCUGGCAAGCCGCAGCAGUCUUCGCGGAUGCUGGUGUAUGGGUUCCGUCCACUUUUGAACAGGUGCACUGUGGGGACUCUACCACAUACGUCCACCCUAAUGGGCAAUGCCACCGCAUCGAUUAUAUCCUUGUCGGAGGCAAGGCCGAUGUUGGACACGCCAAGUCCUUUGUCGAUGGCAGUUUUGACAACGGCAGCCCACAGGAAGACCAUAAGUUGCUCCUCCUACAGCUCCAGGGGGACUUCGGACGUAUGCAGCAGGCAAGGAAGCUACAGCGGCCUCGCUACGACAACGAAGCUAUGAUGACCGCCGAAGGUAGACAGACCAUGCGGCAGAUUGUGGCUGCCUUCCCCCAACCGCCCUGGGAAGAACACCCAGAUGUGCACUGCAGAGCUAUUGAGACAUACAUGCACACGGCCCUACAGAAAUCUUUUCCUGCACCUGCAAAAAAGAGUCGUGCAUCCUAUAUCCCACCCUUUGUAUGGGAUCUUCGCGACAAGAAGAUGAGCAUGAAGCGCCGCACGAGGCAUCGGGUUGGCCUAUGGUCAGACCUGUUAUGCCGUGCCUUCCGGCAGUGGCAACAUGCUGAAAACUUUGGGGUUGAGACCCUAGUUAGUAAGCAAGGUUUCCUCUAUGCCCUAGCCUCAGGGGCCCUGAAUUUUGCCAGUGCAAAAAUCAAGCGAGCAAUAGCUCAAGCCAAAAAUGCUUUCCUGCGGAAGGUCGCCAGUGAAGGGCAUCAAGGCGCGGCCAAGGUCCUUCAAAGAGUGAAACAAGCUGGCGUGGGAGGGGCUAAGAGCCGACCGGUCUGUCGACCGCUCCCGCUGUUGCUUCAUCCAGACAAUGGCGCCCCUGCAAUGUCCAGAAAGAACCGCGAUGAGGUUUGGAUGCUGCAUUUUGGUCGACAAGAGCAAGGUCAGGCCCUUGAUAUUGAGCAUUUCAUCCAGGAAGCUCAAUCCAGUAGCAUAGAGCAAGAAGUUGACUGGACGUGGGAGCUCCUACCAAACUACCGUGAUGUAGAGGCGGUGCUCAGAACCAUCCCAAGGAACAAAGCUGCGGGCUUAGACAAUCUCCCGGGGGAGGUUUGGCGCUCGAUUCCGAGUGAAGGUGCGCGACUGCUUCUUCCGCUCAUUCUCAAGUCGAUGCUCUUCCAGCGCCAGCCACUGCAAUGGAGAGGUGGCAUCCUGUAUGAAGCCUACAAGCGAUCAGGCCUGCAAUGUUCGGUCGAAAAUUACAGAAGCCUCUUCGUGUCAAGCUUUGCUGGCAAAACCUACCACCGGGUCCUACGCAACAAAGCGCAGGCCCACACCCGGGAUGAGCUCCAUCCGCUUCACCUGGGCUCCAGACCCAGAGCGCCGGUCUCUUUUGCGUCUAUGUUUGUUCUGUCACACCUGCGCCGAUGCCGGCAGCACAAACGUAGCGCAUCGGUCCUUUUCUUGGACACGGCUGCUGCAUAUUACAGAGUUGUAAGAGAGUUGGCGGUAGGAGACAUCCGAGCAGACGGUACCGUCAUCUCAUUGUUUCGUAGGUUCGGCCUGAGCGGAGCAGACCUGCAAGAGUUGAUGGAGACUGUCAAAGAAGGAGGUCUCAUUUGCCAAGCGGGCCUCCCGGACUCCCUGCGUCAGGUGGUAAAGGACGUCCACUUGAACACGUGGUUCGUCACUCGCUACUCUGAUGGCACACGUGUGUGCAGCUCAACGGCGGGUAGCCGCCCAGGAGAGUCGUGGGCGGAUCUCCUGUUUGCAUUUGUCUACUCCCGAAUCUUGCAUCAGAUUCACGAGCACGUCUGUGCUGAAGGGAUCGGGAGUGAAAUUGCCUACGAUGCCGCGGCUGGUGUCUUUGACCGCAGCGAUGAUGGAUGCUCCCUGCCAGCGACUGAUGCGACAUGGGCCGACGAUUCCGCCUUCCCCCUGGAGGCGGAUGAUGCCUGCGUACUUUUACGCAACACUCGGCGACUUUGCUCGCUGGUCCUUAGCUUCUGCGAGGGGCAUGGUUUAACGCCGAACUUGAAACCUGGCAAAACCAGUUUGUUGCUGUGUCUGGUCGGCAAGGGGCAUCAGAAGGCCCGAAGAACCUUUUUCCCAUCAGGGGCCCAGUCGCUAAAGUUGGAGGACCUGGGCGUCAGCGUUCCGGUUGCGGACCAGUAUAAGCAUUUAGGAGGCAUUGUCGACCACCGCCUCACAAUGCUACCGGAAGUCCGUUUUCGCCUGGCGCAAGCCUCCAAUGCGUUUGAGUCGGCCAAGGUGUUCUUGCUGCAGAAUCCACAGCUUGAACUGGCCACACGUGCAGCGCUCUUCGAAACUGCGAUCACGCCAACUUUCUUCAAUGUUGGCCAGUGGCUACCAGUGGGCAAGGCAUGGGAGGCUCUAUCAUGUGGAUACUCAAAGCUCGUCCGUCGGCUCCUGGCCAAGGAGGCAGGUGACUAUGGAAUCUUUCACAUGCCUCUGCCGAUAGCGCACUGGUGCACAGGGUGCUGGCAGCUCGAAUUGAUAGCACUCAGAGCCCGGCUCAGCCUAUUGCUCUCUCUGACUGCCACAGGGCCACCGAUCCUCUGGGCUAUGUUGCAGGAAGAAAAAGCAUGGCUGUCGCAGAUUCGUUCUGACCUUGCUUGGUUUGUUGCGCCAGUGCAGUCAGAUUGGCCGGCUGUAACGCGUGCAGCGUGGCCAGAGUGGUAUCACCUACUCAAAGACAGUCCGCAGAGAUUCCGACGGUACAUGGUCGUGUCGCCGAGUACCGGCACGUUGCCCACGGCACAUUCUGUGCUGCAUGCAGCACGGAAUACUGGACACAAGGUGGCUGCCCUGCCUGCGGCAUACCAAGGGUGGGGCACAGAGCAGCGCGCAGCAUAUCGCCGCAUGUGUGAGAUUAUGUUCUCCGAUGAUGUCUGUGCCACGGUCGCUCUCAUCCAGACAGCUGUUCGAGCAUGCCUGAGGCAGCACCCUCUCUACCCACAAGAGAUCAUUGAUAUCCUUGAUUGCCUUGCGGAGGAGUUUGAAGAGCUAGCUGGGGACGGCUCGGAUGAUCCUUGGGACUCGUGCACAGCCCACAAUAUCCGCGAGGCAAUUGCCCAGACCAGACUCAGCCAAUGGUCAUGCCAGUCUGAUGAGAUGCUGCACAACAAGACCGUGCAGACCUUUCGAUCCUUUCAAGCAGUGCUUGAGGAUUUUGACUGGCGUGAAGGCCUGUCUAAACUCAAGCCUCAGAACGGGACCCCGAAUGUAGUGACUUUUCAGGUGCAGGAUAGCUGGGAAGCUGAAUGGCGCCAGCACCAAUGCCACUACGUCGUUUCAGCCGUUGUGAGGGACUUCAGUCUGGUUAUUCCUGAGCCGCUCAGACAAGCUUGGACAGCAAUCCUAAAUGGGAAUGCGGUACAGGUUCUCUCUGACCGAUGUACCAUUCGGCUUGCAAGGCACCCUGCUUGCAUCCGCACCGUGUCCAAGAUUGUUCUCGAAGCGGUCGGGAGUGUAAAGCACAUCCAGCUGGCCGGGAAUUUGUUGACGGAGCGUGGGUUGAAAGCGCUGGCCUACUGCCACGGACCCUCGGAGACUCUGCAGACGUUGAGUCUUGGAUCCAAUCGACUGGGCCGCGAGGCCUCGAGCACCGAACUCCUUUGUGCUGCCAUCACUGCUCUGCCAAACCUCACCGAGCUCGAUCUCAGCGGCAAUGCUUUGGGAGAUGCAGCCGCUGGUGAGCUGUGCCGGGUGCUUCCGGCAGGCUGCCCUCAGCUGCGAGGCUUGGGGCUCGCCAGGUGCCGCCUUGGUGAGUCCGCCGUAGCCUCCGAGGGAGGAGCCGCCCUGGGCGGCUUCCUCGUACGGGCCAACCAGUUGAGGAUCUUAGACCUCAACUGGAACGCGCUCCAUGGGGACGGUGCGGAGGCGUUUCUGGAUGGAUUGCACCAGAACGCCAGCUUUGGUGAUGAGGACCAGCAGGGUGGCGUCCGGCGAUUGAGCCUGGCUUGGAAUCGCCUCGGUAGUGGCCGUGUUCCCAAAGGCGAUAGCCGCAAGGCCGAAGCUACCCGUUGCGCCAAGCUCCUGGCCGCCAUCUUCCAAGAUUGCAAGACCCUGUUUCACCUGGCCGCUCGCCCAGUUGAUACCAUGAGCCGCGUGGCAAUGCGAUGA